AUGAUAGCCGUCUUUGUUGUACCCAAGGGUACUGCAGACUGUCGAGUUGGAGUUCUGUCGCGUGCCUUUGUGGGCCGAGACAGCCUAGUCAUAUAUCUGAAGGGCCUUUUUCUGGUCCUUCCCGCACAUGCCCUGGAUGUUUGUAUUCAUCUUCGGACUUGUGGCUCAUCUUUGAACAUGCCCAUGAAAUAUGUCUCACGGGCUUGGUCCUCAUACACUUACGAUCAUCACUUUGAUAGCAAAUAG